CUGUUGAAGUUUGCUAAUUAAGAUCCCAUUUCAAAUUCAUCAUACCAUUUGGACAGCGGUCCAGCAGACACAGGAUAAGAGGGCUCCCGUCACCCUGACAACGGGCACUAAUGGAGACUGUGGACUGGGCGGAUGGGUGGUGAUGAUGCUCCUCCUCCGGACUGGGCGGAUGGGUGGUGAUGAUGCUCCUCCUCCGAGCUACUUAACACCAUGGCUUUGAUCUGGCCUGGCACUCACUCCUUCUGUCCUGUCGGCUCACUGCACAGCUGAGACUGGGAGAAAGAGGAUAAGAGAGAGAGAAGAGGAGGAGAAGAUGUCUACAGGCUGUGUGAGGUCGCCCCCGGAGACAGCGGAACACAGACUGACGGGUGAACAGGAACACCACUAUCAGAUGGUGGAGCCUGUGAGGAUCCUGCUAGAGGAGGGGGCAGGGAUGACCAGAGCUGUGCAGGGGAAACACUGUCCUGAGGCAGUGCACCCCGAGGAGCAGCCAGAUGAGCAGGAACUGAAGAAACCACGCAGGAAAGACACGCCCGUCCUCAACACUCCUCCACUCAUACCAGGUGUGAGGAUGGUGAAAGGAGAGAAGAGAAUGAUUCACAUGGAGGAUGAAGAGAAGGAUGGACAGAACUAGAAGUCAUUGGAGGAGAGUUUCUUGCCUACAUUUUUUGUUGUUGACAUUGUUGUUUUCAGUUGUCAUAUUACUAAUAUGUAGCGUAUACAUGUUAAUUAAAAGUAGCUCUACAAUGUG